AAAUGUUGUGUCCACUGUGUUAUGAUUUUUCUUUCCUUCCGGAAGGAUCGAUGGGGCUCGGCACCCCAGCCGUGGGAGUAGAAUUAAUAUUCAGCAAAUGUAAAAUUCGACCAGAGAGCGCGCAGCCAAGCAUGAUGGCUUGCCGGUUUCCUGGAAAUUUCGUCUUACUCUUUGGUGAGUCAGCACGGCUGGUUUUUUGGAAAAAGUUUUGAAAGAUGUUCCAAAAAAUAACUGUCAAUUAUUGUUGCAUGUCUUGUCUCCACGAGUUGGGCAUAUUAGCUUGAUAAUCUAUAGUUAGUGCUUUGAAUAUAUUUUUUAGUUCAUCUUGGAUUGGAGUGAAGUACACCAGACAUACAUGCUCCGUGUGCAGGUACUGAGCUGGGCUGCCAGCACGCAAGAUAGCUCUGUGCAGAACAGUCUGGGCGCAAACCUCUGCCACACAGCUGGUUUUGGGACUGGACACAUCACACAUGUGGACUUUUCUCAAUGAUAGCUCAGAUAGUUCACCGGAACAGGGAGAACUGCUGGCAGCUUGUCCGCCGUGUAACAACGAUCAGUGAUCUUCUGCAGCCAGCCACGGUUGCGCAGCUCGUUGACUCUGCAGGAGGGGUCGUCUCCAAGAUCAGGCAUGUGGCGAGGACGGCAAGGCAGAACAAACGGGAGUGCGUCUACCUCGCGAACCGCAUCUCGACAAUCGCUACGGCGCUGCCUCUCCUGCAUCAACAGGACCAUGAGGUGGCGCAGUCGCUGGUCGGGCUCAGCUACGCACUCAAGGAGGCACACGACCUUAUCAUCGCCUGCUGCCUGGAGAGACAGAGGAAGACUGCACCCUUGCGCCAGCUCUUCAGGGCUGGCGGCCAUGCCGAGCGUUUCAGGGAAAUCAAUGCCAGGAUCGAUUCCUACCUCAUCCUCAUCCCCUUGCUCACCCACAUCUCACUUAUCGUUCCUUCCAGUAAUCACGCCGGCGUACCAACAAUACCAAUGGUCACGCCGGGUUCCGGGUCAGGCUCCAGCUCCCUGCAGCUCGUAAGUAACGAAUCUCUGAUGGUACCCUAUGUGAACAAUGGCACACUCCGCGACACCUGCGCUGUCGCCGGGUGUCCUGGAGGAUGCGCAUCGAGGCGCUGCUGGGAGCAUCCCGUGCCAUCUACUACCUACACCACGUCGCCGUGCCACAGAUCAUCCACCGCAAUAUCAGCUCAUCCGGCAUCCUCCUGGACGCGUCCUGGAUGCCACGCCUGUCCGGCUUCGGCGUGGCAGUCUGGGAAGUGGAAACAGUGACAUCGCCUGGGGAGACACAGCUUGUCGAGGUCGUAGGUGUGCCGGGGUACAUUGACCCGGAGUACAGCCGCACGGGGCGGGUGUGCCCGGCGAGUGAGGUGUACAGCUUUGGCGUGGUGAUGCUGGAGGCGCUGACGGGGAGGCC